CCUGGAUGGAACGACGUCAUCUUUCUUUCGCGACGAGGAGAGAGGAAUCCCCCGUUUUCCUCCGAGCUCGGACGGCAACGGCUGGCUUCCAUGGCCGCCGCAGACCCGGCCACCGCGGCCUCCUCCUUCUCCCAGUUCUCCUUCCGCCGCGCCGUCUGCCCCUCCCCGCUCCGCGUCCGCUUCUCGCGGCCCCAUCCGCCCGCUCGGCUCCGCGUCUCCUCCACCACCGUCGUUGCUCUCCACAAGCGCAACCCCAAGCGGCUCAAGUACGCCGCCCAGCGCCAGUUCUCGAGAGGGGAUGCCGGGAUGCUGCGGGUGGAGGUGGAGCCCUCCGGCGAGGACUUCUGGAAGCUCGACCCUAUUAUCGACCUCAUCAAUCGCGGCGCCGUCGGGGUGAUCCCUACUGACACCGUCUACUCCAUCGUCUGCGACCUGAGUAACAAUGAAUCUAUUGAGCGCCUUCGCAGACUGAAAGGCAUUGGAGACUCAAAGCCUCUCAGCAUCCUGUGCCGCUCAUUACGUGAUAUCGAUACCUACACAACAGGAUUUCCUCGAGGCACCAACCAAGGGCAAGCUAACAUUUUCCGUGCUGUCAAGCGUGCAAUACCUGGGCCUUACACAUUUAUUUUACCUGCAACCAAGCAAUUUCCUAAACAGUGCAUAAAGCAUGGUUCUUCCACAAGGUAUGCAAAAAGGAGGCAGGUCGGCGUCCGAAUUCCAGAUGAUCCCAUCUGCCAGGCAAUAUUGCAAAAUCUUGAUGAACCUUUGAUCUGCACAAGUGUCAAAUAUCUAUCGGAGGAUGAAUGGAUACUUGAUCCAGUAAUCAUUGCUGAUCUUUAUGAGCCACUGGGGCUUGAUUUUAUUGUUGAUGGUGGACCUAGAAUUGCUGAUCCUUCUACCGUGGUGGAUAUGAUGGGAACAAACCCUACUAUAAUUCGUCAGGGAAAGGGCCCAAUGCUGGAUUGGAUGGUAGCAAAAGAUGAAGAGGAGGAGGAGACACAAUCGAUGUUUGCUUUUAAAGCAGCUUGAAAUUUGCCUCGCCCUGACCUGCACUUUGCGAUGGUUCCCCCAACCGAACCGAAGCGUCUUCUUUUGGCUGCAUAGGAUGUUAGCACUUAGCAGUAGCAUAUAUCGAACACGGACUGCGUGCUGUAAAUAUGCAAGGUGAUGUAGGAGUAUCUGCGAGCUUGCAGAAUUUGUCCAGUAGUGACAUUUUUGCUGGAGAUCAUGGAAAGUUUGCUGCUGGCUCUGUUUAACUUCUUGUCGUGUACACUUGACGCUGUUUCCAUCCUGGAAGGUUGCAUAUCUAUGCUAACUCCUGCUUCUCUGA